CGAUAAGGUUUCAGUUUUACGAGCACCUCCCAAGGAUUCAAGAUCAAUUCAAUAUGAAGUUCCUCUUCGUGGCUAUCCUUAUUGUCCUGGCCAUCCAGUUGGCUGCAUCGCAAACCACCACCACCACUGAAGCGGCCACCACGACCACAACCACAACCACUGCGGCUAGCACCACGGCCACGACCACAACCACGACCUCCUCCCCCAACAAGAUCAAGUGCAACAGGAGCAACAACUGGUGCCACACUCGCAUUCCCAAGAAGAAGUGCAAGAACCCCAAGAGGUGCAUCAAGACCGUCGUGGUUGUGACCCGCAGGAGGGGCUAA